ACAUAUAUAUAUAUAAGUAUAUUAUAUCCAUUUCAUAUUGUAAAACUUUUUAACUUUAUCUAAAUUUAUCGAUGAACAUAUACAAUUUAUUAUACUUUAUGUCUAAUUUAUGGCUAGAUUCAUAAAUCGGAGGGAAGGAUAUAUUUGUCAACAAGCCCACCAUACCAACAAGCCUCUCUAUAAGCCAGCAACGCCGUGUGUUCACUGCAACCGUUAGAUGAAGAUCGUACGGCUAAAAAUCAACCGUAUCAUUUUCUUUUCCUCCCAAAAGAAAUCAAAAACUCUCUGACAAGUGGGCCCAGACCGCACCUUUAAGACCCAAUCGCACCAAACCCACCGGAAUUUUCUUAUCCCCUCCCUCAUCCUCUCCACGCGCGCAAGGAAGGAGCCAGGAAGGAAUCAUGGCCGGAGCAGCCGCCGCCGCCGCCGUAGCCUCGGGGAUCUCGGCCCGGCCGAUGGCCCCGAGGCCCUCCCACGCCCGGGCCGCGCGCUCCGUCGUGCGGGCCGCCAUCUCCGUCGAGAAGGGGGAGAAGGCGUACACGGUGCACAAGUCCGAGGAGAUCUUCAACGCCGCCAAGGAGAUGAUGCCUGGUGGUGUUAAUUCACCAGUUCGUGCCUUCAAAUCAGUUGGUGGGCCGCCUAUAGUGUUUGAUUCUGUGAAGGGUUCUCGUAUGUGGGAUGUGGAUGGAAAUGAAUAUAUUGAUUAUGUUGGUUCCUGGGGUCCUGCAAUCAUCGGUCAUGCAGAUGAUACCGUGAAUGCAGCAUUGAUUGAAACUCUGAAGAAAGGAACUAGCUUUGGUGCUCCAUGCGUGUUGGAGAAUGUGUUGGCUGAGAUGGUCAUCUCUGCUGUACCAAGUGUUGAAAUGGUCCGUUUUGUCAAUUCAGGGACAGAGGCCUGCAUGGGAGCGCUCCGCCUUGUGCGUGCGUUCACUGGGAGGGAAAAGAUUCUCAAGUUUGAAGGUUGUUACCAUGGCCAUGCAGAUUCAUUCCUUGUUAAAGCUGGCAGUGGUGUUGCCACGCUAGGCCUCCCAGACUCCCCUGGAGUUCCCAAGGGAGCCACAUCUGAGACUCUAACGGCACCAUACAAUGAUGUCGAGGCAGUAAAGAAAGUGUUUGAGGAGAACAAAGGGCAGAUUGCUGCUGUCUUCCUUGAGCCCGUUGUUGGCAAUGCUGGCUUCAUUCCUCCACAACCCGGUUUUCUGAAUGCUCUCCGUGACUUGACGAAACAAGAUGGUGCACUUUUGGUCUUCGACGAAGUGAUGACUGGUUUCCGUUUAGCUUAUGGUGGAGCUCAAGAGUACUUUGGGAUCACCCCUGAUGUGACAACCAUGGGGAAAAUUAUCGGUGGCGGUCUUCCAGUUGGUGCUUAUGGUGGACGCAAGGACAUCAUGGAGACGGUUGCUCCCGCAGGGCCAAUGUACCAGGCAGGAACCCUCAGUGGAAACCCUCUAGCUAUGACUGCUGGGAUCCACACUCUCAAGCGUCUGACGGAGCCUGGCACCUAUGAUUACUUGGACAAGAUCACCGGCGAUCUUGUUCACGGGAUAUUGGAUGCGGGUGCGAAAACCGGACACGAGAUGUGUGGAGGACACAUCAGGGGGAUGUUCGGGUUCUUCUUCACCGGUGGCCCAGUUCACAACUUUGCUGAUGCCAAGAAGAGUGACACCGCCAAGUUUGGGAGGUUCCACCGGGGCAUGCUGGAAGAAGGCGUAUACCUAGCCCCAUCCCAGUUUGAAGCAGGCUUUACCAGCUUGGCACACACCUCGCAGGACAUCGAGAAGACCGUGGAGGCAGCUGAGAAAGUUCUUCGCCGGAUAUAGAGGAUUGAACACUUGAAGCUAAGCUACUGAAGCUCUUGCGGUUUUCAUUUGUGUUGUACACUGUUAGUUUCUGAGCCACUGAAAACAUCUGUGUUGUGCAGCAGCAGCAGUACAUUUCCUGUAGCCCCACCACACCCAUCAUAUUUGUGAGUUAGCAUCCAUGGUGUUUUUGCAGUGCCAAUAAAAUUACUUUUCGAAUGAGUUCA